UCAAUAAUAACCGCCGCCUGCUGUCUCCUGUCCUGAUUGUCCUCCCCUCCCGCAACCAACCACAAUCCGUCGAUCCAUCAUCCAUGGGCGCGGAGCCGGAGCGCGACGGCGAGGAGCAGCGCCGCCCCCUCCUCUCCUCCACCUCCUCAUCCUCUCCGGCAGCAUCGGCGGCGGAGCAGCACCAGCAGCAGUACCAGUUCCUGGGCCGGAGCAGCUCCUCGGUACUCCGCGGCGGCGGCCUGGCCUGGGGAGGACCCGAGGUCAGCGCCGAUGAGGUCAGGUCCGCCGCCUCCUUCUCCCCCGCCGCUGGCUUCUACCCGCCGCCGCAGGCCCUGGCGGCCCACGGUGACAACCUCUACCCCUACCCGCCGUCCAUCCACAGCGCCGUGCUCUCCCCGUCUCCGUCUCACGCCCCCUCGUCCCCGCAUCCGAAUGAGGGGCUGGCGAUUGUUCCUCAAGGGCCGUACCCGUAUGGUGGUAGUUACCAGCCUUCGGAGAGCGUCGCGAGGGAUGUACUGGAUGAGGUGGAGAUCCGACAGCUGCUCAUUGAUCAUGUUGGGCAUCGAUGCUGUUGGGGAAGUCGUCCUGCCCGCACAUGGAAAAUUACCUCCGUAGAGGACUGCAAUGUUUAUGUUGGGACUCUUGAAACCUUCAUUGAGGAAAGAGACAUAGUACCAAGAAAAGAACCCUGUGAAAGUGGGAAAAUAGAUGGAAGGGACAAGGGUCCUGUCCUUGGAGUGUGGGAGCUAGAUUUGAGGUCUGAGUUUCCUCUACUUUUUGUACCAGAGAAAGAAGUGAUGGUCAAGAUUCCUCAUUCAGAAGUCAUUGAAAAAUGCUCAGAUUGUGAGGGUCGUGGAGAGAAACCCUGUCCUACUUGCAAUGCUGGUCAGGAGCACGGGUUUUACAAAGCAAAUCAGAUGACCCGCUGUGGUGCAUGUCAUGGCAGAGGUUUACUCGCUCACCAAGAUGGAUCGGAUACAGUAUGUGGAAUGUGCAAUGGUAAAGGGAUGUUGCCUUGUAUAGCAUGUGGAUCGCGUGGCUUGGUGACAUGCAACACAUGUACAGGAUAUGGCGCCCUUCUUGCCCAGAGCAUUGCUCAUGUUCGAUGGAAGACACUGUCAUCUAGAAAAGUUAGCGCAACUAGAGGGGCCGCCUCGGUCCCUGAAGAAGUAUUCCACAGAGCCAAAGGGGUGCAACUAUGCAACAUACAGGCAUAUCAGUGCACUCCUGCUUUCUUUGCUGAUUCAUACCCACUUAACCAAUUCUCCUCAGAAGUCAUCGCCAGCCGGCUGCCAGUUCCACCAUCCGCGAGGGUCAUUUCUGAGAGACACAUCAUUUCAGUUGUGCCUGUAACCCGUGUUACCAUGGCCCAUCGCAAGCAGUCCUUUAGCUUAUAUGUCAUCGGCUACAGCAGGGAUGUGUUCAUAAGGGACUAUCCUUCCAAAUUCUGCUGGGGCCUCUGCUGUUGCUUCGAGUGGCUGGGGAAAUAGUUGUUUUUCCUGGUAUGAAUGAAUGUCUCCUUUCAGUGUGCAGUAUCACAGCACAGAAGUGGGUUGUGUUAAAAUAAACAUUGCCAAUUGUUGUGUUUUCUAUCACGGAAACUAUCUCUACGUAUUAAGACACUGUAUAUUGGAUCUCUGGGGCAUGUACAAGUACAACAUCAUUGUACAUAUUGUUCGGUGAAUAAAAUGGUCAUGUCUGGCCAUCUCAAAUGUGAUGUACAGUUGUUCUGGGACGGUUUUGCCGUUCUUGUAAUCGUGGUCCUUUAUUCCACCUAUUAGCGGAUUA